AUGAUAAAAUGGCUAAUUCUUUUUAUAAUUAUGAGUAAAUUAGACGAACUCAAUGUUAUCAGAACUAUUGGCCGAGGGGUUGGCACAAAAGUUAAACUUGUUGAAGAUCCCAAAACGGGGGUUUUCUAUGCUGCAAAAAUUGUUAAAUCCAGAGAUGAUUCUUUAUUGAACUAUCUUAGAGAAGCUUUAUUGAGAGAGACUGACAGUCUUUCUCGAAUAAAUCAUCCAAAUGUAGUUUCAAUAGUUAAUUGAAAUGGACAAGGAGUUUAUGUGAAAAAAGAAGACCGAGGGUUUUAUGAAUGCAUGUAUAUACUCAUGGAAUUAUGCCCUAAUGGUGAGCUGUUUGAUAUUAUUAGCAGAACUGGAAAAUUAAGCGAAAACGUCGCAAGAGGCUUAUUCCAUCAGUUAAUCAAUGGCUUAGAGGCUUGCCAUAACUCACAGAUCGUCCACAACGACUUAAAGUGUGAAAAUAUUUUAUUUGACCGAGAUUUUAAUAUAAAAAUUUCUGAUUUUGGGUCAUGUGCAAUAUUAAGAGACAGAGACGGACAAGUAAAAACCAAAGGAAAAAACGAAAUGUAUAUGGCACCAGAAAUGCAUAUGCUGCAGCCUUGCAACGGAGAAUUAUCAGACUUUUUUGCAGCUGGUGUUAUUUUAUUCAUCAUGGCCACCAAAGACCCUCCUUUUCAAAGAGCUAUAUUAAAUGAUCCAUAUUAUAAGCAUCUAGCAAGCCACGAAAUAAGGUUUUGGAAACUUCACAGAAAAGCUGACUUAUCAAAUGAGUUUAAAAAUUUUAUUGAGUCCUUAUUAGCGUAUGACUCAUCUCAAAGGCUAAAUUUAGCCUCAAUAAAAUCCCAUCCAUGAUAUAAUGGUCCAGUAGCAAAUCCUAACGAAAUAUCUUCAGAAUUAGAAUUAAGAAGACAACAAGCUGUAAUUGCUGCAGAACGAGCAAAGCAACAAAGAAUUUCUGCAGGGGAAAAUGCAGGGAUCAUAUACAAUCGUGGAAGAUUUUUCAGAGGAGAUGUGAGCGAAGCAGAAGAAUUAUCACUAUCAUUUUCGUAUCCAGCUGAUCUUCUAAAUACGCAUAAAGUCUGUGAAAAGUUCAAUGUGGUAAAUAAAUAUUCGCAGUUUCUCACAGGAUUGCUGCCACACGAGGUUAUGACUAUUCUUUCUCAUACCCUUGCUACUUAUGAUUCUGAAUGUGAGGCAUCGACAGAUAGCUACAAAGUCAAAGUUUCGAUCGUAACUGAAGGGGACACCUUAAAUUUCAAAGUCUCGAUUUUAGAAAGCGAAAAUGAUUUAUAUUUGGUGCUUUUUAAGCUUGAAUCAGGAAAUCACUUUGAUUUUAUGCCAAUUUUUAAUGCAAUUGUCGAAAAAGUUAAUUCAAUAAAUGAUAAACCAAUUGAGUAA